GUCCAAGUACUACUACAUUCGGCCAUCUCCGAAAGUAUGACAUUAGCCUUUGUCGGUGACUCUCAUCCAGUCAUCUUACCGGACUCAUAAGAAAAACCUGCGCAAAUGGCCCAGAGAUACCAUGUCUUUUCGCUGCCUCCUGAAUUGCUGGAGACCCUUGUACCUCGGAAUCUAAUCAGUCAACCACCACCCCCGGCAGUCUCGACUAUCAUUCAAACAGCUCCUCCAGUAUCAGACAACGCGAGAGCGUGUAACAUUUGUCUCGGAGCGACAUUUGCAGACGUAACUGAGCAACGAUCCCAUUUUCGAUCCGACUGGCAUCGAUACAAUGUAAAGAUUCGCCUGAGGGGUGGCAGCCCUGUGACGGAGCUAGUAUUUGCGCAGCUUGUUGACGGCCUUGAAGAUUCCCUUUCAGGGUCUGCAUCAUCUGACGAGAGUUCUGAUGACUCCGAUGCAGUCAAGGUCCUGGUGAACAAAACAAAGCGAACGUCGAGAUCACCUUCCCUCAGCGAGGAGCGACAAACACCACUUACAGCGCUUACCUGGUUUCAUUCGCCUCCAUCCACUCAAAUCGGGGUGUACAGAAUGCUAUUUCCAAUAGAUACCCCUGCUCCGUCAUACUUGGCGGAGCUGAAGAGCAUUCAAGAACGUGUGGAAGGUGGACGAAAGUGGGCUAUGUUUAUGGUUGCUGGAGGUCACUUUGCAGGCGCAAUAGUAGAAGUCAGUAGACCUGCAGAAGACCAGGAUUCUACUUUCUCUGCAAAAACGAAGAAGAGACCGCCAAAACCCAAGCCGGAGACAUCAAUUCUGAAACACAAGACAUUUCACCGUUACACUACUCGCCGUAAACAGGGUGGUUCGCAAUCGGUAAAUGACAAUUCCAAGGGUGCUGCGAUUAGUGCAGGUGCUAUGCUUCGUCGUUAUGGCGAGCAAGCUCUCCGAGAUGAUAUCCGUAACCUUCUUCUUGACUGGGCUGAUGACAUUCAGGACUGCGAAAGAAUUUGGUUGCGUGCUAGUGUCUCUAACAGGCGCAUAUUUCUCGACUAUGAAAAUUGCGUCAUCAACAAAGGAGACGAUCGUCUGAGAACGUUCCCUUUUCCAACGCGCCGACCAACUCAAUCUGAGCUUGUGCGAUGCCUCCUGGAGCUCACUCAAGUUAAGACGUCACACCUUACAGAGGAAGCGCUUAGAGCGCAGGACGAAGCGUUCCUUGCCUCCUUGCCCAAGCCCAAAGCCACACCUUCCGUCGUGCCCACAGCGGUGCCUGAAAAGGCAAAACCACAACGAUUGACUAAGGAGGAGGAAGCCUACCGUGAGAAGUGGUCUCGAUUACUAGAUAUGAUCAGCAAAGGUCGCUCAGAGCCUUUGAAAUCCUUCUGGGAGCGCGAAGGCGCUUCCCUCGGUGGUGUCGAUGCCCUCAUACCAGAAUGGACAGGGGAUAGGCAUGCAUCGUUGCUCCAGAUCGCUGUGCAAUCAGGCCAGGAAGACGUUACACGCUGGCUGUUGUACGAACUGCACGCCGAUCCGACCAUCCUUGUUCCGUCUUCAGGCGUACUUCAGGAAGCUGCCAACGAAUCUGACACAUCGAACGCGCCUCCUUUACAGGGUGUAGGUUCGCGCCGUACUGCCUAUGACUUAGCUCGUGCAAGGGCAGUCCGUGACAUUUUUCGCCAGUGCGCGGGAGAUCACCCUGACUGGUGGGACUGGUUCGGGGCGGCACAUGUACCAAGCACCUUCAACAAGGAAAGGGAAGAAGCGAGGGACGAGAAGAAAAAGCAAAGAAAGAAAGGCCUGAAAGAGAAAAUGCGGGAACGGGAGGCCAGAGACGGAGAACGAGAAAGUAAACAGUCUGUCAUUGAUGACGAACAGGUGGAAGCAAAGUCGGAGCCUCGUUCUCAAGACCCUACAGCUCCCCGAAAGCUCGGAGGUUCGUCCGGCGCAGUUGAUGGCGUUGUCGGCUUAACUGCUGAGUUGAGAGCAAAGGUGGAACGGGAACGAAGGGCCCGAGCGGCUGAAGCACGGUUGAAAAUUCUUACUGGAGCAUGAUGGUAGAUGUAGUUCAUUACCAGCCUGAUGGAACAAAAUUACAUGGACCACAAAAAA